GAAAAAACUGGCUUGUGCGCGAGGAUUUUACAGCAUCGCCACAUAGCACGAGCGUGCCAUUGUUAUUACCGGUAUACAUCAGUGGAGCCUAUCCUGCGACAAACAGAGGACCUUGUCAGCCAAGAACCAUUUGUCAAGACAUAAAAAUGCUGGUGAAAUCAAACAGCGAGUAUGACUCCUUCCUCUACUGGAGACAGCCCAUCUCCGCCCCGGAUCUGUCCGAGCUGGAAGACCUGGGUGUGACCAAAAGCAAGCCAACCAAGAAGAGCAAGAAGGCCACCAAGAAACAGAAUGCCGCCCUAGCCAAGCAAAGGAAGCAGCAAGAGGCCGAAUUGUUAGAGUACACCACCUUCAACUACUGGAGAGAGCCUAUCCCCAGCAUCGACCUCCUCGACUUCAACCUGCUUCUGUGAGGACCAUCCCAUCUCAGCCUCCCAGUCAUAAGAACCUCCCUCUCCUCACACUCACCCUAUCUGAAUAACCAUGGCUUUUGUCAAGAUUCUGGUCCACCCAAGAAGAAGUACUGAAUCUGUAUUAGUCUGUACUGUGUUUUUUUGUAUAACCUCUUAAUAAUACUGAAAGGAUUAGGGGUAAAUGUUUUAACUUGCAGGUGACUGGCACUGUGAAUGACAGUAUAGGCACUUCUGCUUAGGUUUUCUCCACAUGCGGGCUACAUAACUCGAUUGGCUAAUGUCAACGAACAUAACUAGGUAGAAAUGGCAACAAGGUCAGCCUUUAAAUGAAUAUAAAUAGUUCCAUUGCAUACUGACUGCAAGGCUUCUGUCUCACAUUAAGGUCUUACACAUUCAUAAUUUGUGAGGUAACUUGAGUAUGCUACAUCAUAUUUUUGAACACUAACAAAUGCAAAGUGCUGCCUCAUUUGAACUUAAUGAAAAUUCUUUCCCUUGACCUAAAACAACCUUGAAGGGUAGGGCCAACCUGAGCCUUGGAGUUUUCGCGUGUAGUAUUAGUAGGAGAAAGUAAAGCAAAGCACCUCCACACAGAACAGAUAUUGUACAAGCACUUAGGGAGCCACAAACAUGACUGUCUUUUGCGCUUUGUAUUGGUUGCUUUGUGAUUUGUUUCAGGCACUGAACUGACUGGCUCAAACCCACCCAAUGAAUUUUAUUUAUUAAGUAUGCUGCUUUCAGGCUGCCCUGAGUAGGCCUCAACUGAGUGCAAUGACUGAGGGUAAAUGUUAGAUUCCACAAUGUAAGUUGUGCAAAUGCAGAGCUGGCCAACUGUUUUCUUUAUUUUCUGCAUAGACUACUGCAUUGUCCGAUGUUUAGUUUGAAUGUCAAGGAAAGAAUGGAUGGAAAUGUUUAAUGAAAAAAAGGGAAAUACAUGUUUUUAAUUGUCAAGACUGAUGUUGCAAGUGUUCCUGGAAGUACGGUAGUUCUAACUGGAUACUUGUAAUCAUAAAGCUAACUUUUUGUGAUAUUGUGCAAUGAGCAGUAAAUUCCCAAAUGUGACUCAUCAUACUUUGUCUUGACUUUUCUGAAAUAAAUGAAGAUAUCCUGUGCAUAUCAA